AUGGCUGUUCUCUAUCGUUUCCCUUUGGUCCUCCCGUCGGCCUCCGCAGCUGUUUACACUCCAGUUGUCAUUUGGCACGGCAUGGGCGACUCUUGUUGUGGAGGCAUCCUUGAUCUGGCGGCCCAGUUGCAAGAACGCUUGCCGGGCGUAUAUGUGUAUUCUGUCCGCAUUGGGGCGUCCGAAGACGAAGACAGGGACCACGGCUAUUUCGAUGUCAUCAGCCGCCAGGUGGAUGAAGUUUGUGAGCAACUCAAGAGCGACCCGCUCCUUUCGAGUGGCUUCAAUGCCAUCGGCUUCAGCCAGGGUGGCUUGUUGAUGCGAGCCUAUGUCGAGAAAUGCGAUGGCCCGGCAGUACGCAACCUCAUCACCAUGGGCUCGCCACAUGGUGGGAUCGCCCACUUUCCGGGAUGCAUGGGCAAGGAUACUGCCAAGUGCGAACUGGCUCGCUCGCUUCUGCUUCGGGGCGCCUACAUCCCCUGGAUCCAGAACCGGGUGGUCCAGGCGCAGUACUACAGGGACCCGCGCAACAUCAAGCUUUAUCUGGAGCGCAAUAUCUUCCUUCCCUACGUCAAUAAUGAGUUGAACCAAAACAAGCAGUACGCCGACCGUCUCAAGUCACUGCAUAACUUGGUGUUGGUCCGCUUCGAGCCCGACGACAUGGUUGUGCCCAGAGAUUCGGCUUGGUUUGCCAAUCUCGACAAGGACGGCGCUGUGGUUCCGCUUGAGCAGCAAGAUCUGUGGACCGAGGAUCGCCUUGGGCUCCGCUUCUUGAACGACAACGGUCGACUACAUUUCCUGACAGCACCUGGCCCACAUAUGAACGGCACUGCCGAUUACAUUCUGAAUGUGAUUCUCGAGCCAUUCUUGGACAACGAGCUCGCGAAGGACCCCGUGCUGGUGCUCCAGCAGUAG